AUGACUUUCGCUCUCGCCCGUCGUGGUCGUGUGCUCCUGAGAUGUGUGAACUUGGUUGAAGCCAGCUCCACUGGAGCUCGCAUGGCCGUUGCCAAUGCUCCAGCAUACCGAUCUGUUAUCGUCUUUUCUCGAAACCUCUCAUCCUCAUCAAACGCUCGCUUAUUUCGUCGCACAAUCCCAAUACUCUCAAAGAAAACGUAUGCGACAGCUGCCCGGGGAGCCAAGGCUGGUGGUACAACAACUUCGAAGAAACCAGUUUCCACUCCAGCAAAGAAAAACGCUAAACCCACUAAAAAGACAGCCAAGAGGACUGUUAAAAAGUCAACCAAAGCGAAGCCCAAAGUAAAAGUUACCCCGAAGCGAAAGCAGCUGACCGAAAAGCAAAAGGAAGCUUUACAGAAGAAGAAGGCUAGAGAAGCGAUCGCAGAACUCAAGGCUACGGCACUUGAGCCCCCAAAAAGUCUGCCAGAAACAGCUUACAUACUCCUUCAACAACAACACAAGCAGUUUGCGGGCAUUUCUGACACCUACAAAAAUUUACCGUCAGAAGAGCGCCAGCGCCUCGAUGAAAUUGCGGAAUCAAACCGGGCUGCAAACAGAGCUGCGUUUCACGACUGGGUGAAUCGCCACACCCCUCUUCAGAUCAAGGAGGCCAACGCGGCCCGCCGGAGGCUGCGCCGAUUGCUCAACAAGAAGAGAGGUUUCAUGGAAAUUUCGGAUGAUAGGCAGCCCAAGCGACCUGCCAAUGCAUACAUGCACUUCGUGAAGGAAGUAUCUGCAAGUGGAGACGUGUCUACCAGUGACCGGAUGAAGAAGUGUGCAGAGCUAUGGCGAAGCCUAUCAAUGAGCGAAAAGGAGAAAUACCAACAAAUGGCUCUUGAAGCAAAGAAUCGAUACAUUCAUGACUUUAAAUCCGCUUAUGGCACCGACCCUCCGACUAGAUCUAGAUCGGCAAGCCCUGUGUAG